AUUAUUUCACUGGACGAUUGUGCCCCUGGCUCACCUCUCUCACUGGUCUGGUCUGGUCUGGUCAGGUCAGAUCUGGUCGGGUCACCAGCACCAGCUGAGCCCGUCAAAUAAAACGAGUCGAGGAGAGGUUUUGGCACUGUAAUUGCGUAAAAGAGUUGGUUGGGUUGUUGGUUCUCCCAAACCCACAAGACAAAAAGGAGUUGUCUGCUUGCGUGACGUAAAUUUGAAUGCUUUGUAGAGUUUUCUGGUUGGGAGCGCCAGGGGGAAGAGAAGAAACGGUGGAUGCACUCAAUUCUCGUCGGUGAUUCAGAUCAAGGGGUUGGCUGAGAACGAUUUCGAACAUUUCAUAACUGUAAUUGAAGAUCUUGGAUUGGCAUGCUUCCUAAGUUAUGGUGUCAAAGAAGAGGUUGGAUUAUGGAUUCAAUGGCUUCCGAGCCCCCAUUAUUCCUCGAGCUCCAAGAUCGAUUCGGAGGAGACGAUCAUGCAGGAAUAAUCCAGUCGAAGAUAGCAAACUCUGUGCUUUCGAAUUACUUGCUGCAGUAGCCGAUAAGUUAUUACAGGAGAGUGAAGGGUCGGCAUCUAGUAAUGUAGCUGAAGGGAAAGCGCCGCAGGCGAUUGGCUUAGAUGGAAAUGAGAAGAAAACGUUUGUUGACCGAGGAAGUUGUGCCGAGAGUUCAUUUGUUCCAGAAGCUUCCAUUCAAGAGCUUAAUCUCCUGUCGAGCUUCAAGGGGUUUCCGCAAACUGAAAAUGAUUCAGUCGUGGAUCAGACUUCUGUACAUUCGAGCUCUGAUGUAAAAGUAGAAAUCGACGAGGUUAAGAAGGGGAAUGGAUGUAAAAUAGGAUAUUCCAACUGCAUUGGCGACAGCUUCGACUCUAAAGUAGAGAGCGGACAAGAACUGCGAUUGGAGGAUGAGAAAGAACCGACGGAUGACGCUAACAAGCCGCUUGUAAAGGACGCUAUUGACGAAUUUGUGAAUACUAAUACUCUAAUUAACUCAGAUUGUAGUGUACAGUUGCCCUUGUACAGGGAUCCGAUUCCUGAUGCUGCUUUAAUCGGAAAGCGCUGGAAUAAUGUAAAAAUAGGAGUUAGAGAUGAUGACGAAAAAUAUUUAGGGCUCAACAGAAUGAGCGCCAAGAUUUGGCCAUUUAGGCCUCAGCCACGCGUCGGCCAUCGUAGGAUAAGGAAUAUGCUGACGUCGAAAUACAGGAAAGUUGCGCCAAAGCUGAAGGGCUGGGAACUUUAUAACACUCGUGAGAAAAUGAAGUCUUUUUACCGAUAUAGGAAGAGAAUUUAUAUGCGAGAGAGAUUUCAACCGGCGCCCAUCAAGAAACGGAAGCUGACCGACCACAGCUUUGCAGUUGGUUACGAUCAAGAAACCAGCUCUGAUAGCAUCUCGAAGUUGCCCGAAAAGGGUCUGGGGACAGACAAAAGUAACCCGUCUCAAAACUUCGAAAGAGGUAAUGUGUCAGCGACGGCUAAAGGUCAGCAAAAAGCCAGUACUAAUCAUGUGAAAUUUAGCAUCAAGUCCUUCAAGGUGCCGGAACUUUACGUUGAGGUCCCUGAGAAUGCAAGUGUUGGCUCUCUGAAGAGAACUGUGAUGGAGGCUGUUUCUGCUAUUCUCGGAAGUGGAAUUAGAAUCGGCGUCGUUCUUCAAGGGAAAAAGGUUCGAGACGAUAAUAGAACGUUAAAACAGGCCGGGAUUUCUCAGAGCAGCAAUCUCGACACUCUUGGUUUUACACUAGAGCCAAGUUUUACACAUUUCGCCCAAUCGACAACCCCUAAAAAACACUCACCGUCGUCUCCACGUGCCGCAGAUCAAGAGUUCCCAACGUCCCCUGCCACUUUGAUGAACGAUUCGGGGAUCUCGAACGCACCCGUCGACCCCUGCCCUACCGCCGAGAUCAACAAUGUUGCGGAAAACAAUGGAUUCAUGUACUCCCCGGAGACUCCCGAGAACGAAUUCAUCGACGCAUAUGGUUCCGAAUCCAAGGCAAUUGUUCCCGUGUCUCUGCUUAGUGCAGAUGCUCUCGCGGUCGUUCCACUAAACUCAAAACCCAAAAGGAGCGAAGUUUCGCAGCGUAGAACACGGAGACCAUUCUCGGUUGCGGAAGUGGAGGCUCUUGUGGAAGCAGUUGAGAAACUCGGAACUGGAAGAUGGCGAGAUGUUAAAAUCGGCGCUUUUGAGAAUGCGGAUCACAGAACCUACGUCGACUUAAAGGAUAAAUGGAAGACGCUAGUCCACACGGCGAGCAUAUCUCCUCAGCAAAGAAGGGGCGAGCCGGUGCCGCAGGAACUCCUAAACAGAGUCCUAUUUGCGCACUCGUAUUGGUCGCAGCAUCAGUCGAAACAACAGCAACAGCAACAAAACGGGAAGAAUCAAUCUGUCGAGCCUCAGAAAACAGGAGAGGCAGCGGGCGAGGCGGCCGCGGUCGUCGGCGCGUGAAGGUGCGGAGGAAAUGGUGAUUGUGAUAUAAUACUUAUUAUGUAUAAGGAAGGCAUAGUGAUAUACAUAUAUUAUGCUGAAUGUGUAUUUAAGUUUGAUUUGUAUUAUUGUAGCAAUUCUUUGCUUUGCUUUGCUGCCCUGACUGUCUGUCACUAAUUUGGUGUCUUUCUCUUCUCCUUUGGAUACAAUUUAUGCUUUGAAUUUCCCUCUUGUAAAUGAUUGUUGGGAAUGAAUAAAUCCUCUUAUGUA